UCAAAACCUCCACUGACAUCAGAUAUCUCAUCUGACACUAUUCGCUUUCUCUCUCAUCACUCCCAUUAUAUAUAUCUAUCUACGCAUAUUCGUCUCAUCCACUUGUACUUCAUCCGAAGGAGUGAUCGAUCGGAGUUGAAGAGGACUCGAGAUGGACCACGCGGCGGACGCUUACCGGACCGAUUUGAUGACCAUCACUCGAUACGUGCUGAAUGAGCAGUCCAAGUAUCCGGAGUCUCGCGGGGAUUUCACCAUCUUGCUCAGUCACAUUGUUCUUGGUUGCAAGUUCGUUUGCACUGCUGUUAACAAGGCGGGUCUUGCCAAACUCCUCGGACUUGCUGGUGAAACCAAUGUUCAGGGCGAAGAUCAGAAGAAGCUGGAUGUGCUUUCAAAUGAAGUUUUUGUCAAGGCUUUGGUCAGCAGUGGCCGGACAUGCAUACUUGUCUCUGAAGAAGAUGAAGAGGCAACAUUUGUGGAGCCAUCUAAGCGCGGAAGGUAUUGUGUUGUUUUUGAUCCGCUGGAUGGAUCUUCUAACAUUGAUUGUGGCGUUUCGAUUGGAACUAUUUUUGGGAUUUACAUGGUGAAAGAAGGUGGAGAACCAACUUUAAAAGAUGUGUUGCAACCUGGGAAGAAUAUGGUAGCAGCAGGCUAUUGCAUGUACGGAAGCUCUUGCACGCUUGUGUUGAGCACUGGAGGUGGCGUUAAUGGAUUCACCCUGGAUCCAUCUCUUGGGGAAUUCAUACUAACCCAUCCUGAUAUCAAGAUUCCAGCGAAAGGAAAGAUCUAUUCAGUAAAUGAAGGAAAUGCAAAGAACUGGGAUGCUCCAACAGCAAAUUAUGUGGAAAGGUGCAAGUUCCCCAAAGAUGGUUCGUCCCCAAAGUCUCUGAGAUACAUUGGAAGCAUGGUAGCUGAUGUUCAUCGCACAUUACUUUAUGGGGGUAUCUUUUUGUACCCUGCUGAUAAGAAAAGCCCCAAUGGAAAAUUGCGGGUCCUCUAUGAAGUCUUUCCGAUGUCAUUCUUGAUGGAACAAGCUGGAGGUCAAUCAUUUACCGGCAAGCAACGGGCACUUGACUUGGUUCCAGAGAAGAUACAUGAACGAUCUCCAAUAUUUCUUGGAAGUUAUGAUGAUGUCGAAGAAAUCAAAGCACUCUAUGCUGCUGAAGAGAAGAAAGAAUGAGUGUGUUAACCUUGUUUUUACUUUACAGUUGUGCAGGUGCUAGACCUAGUUGCAUUUUAUAUUCAUAAAACAACACAUUCCAUUAAGUUUUACUUGUAAUGACAUACUGUGAUUUAUUUAUGAAAAAACAAGGUUGAUGUUUCCGUUGA